AGCACUCUGUGUGCACUCCUACUCUGUUACAGCACACAUACUUACUGGCAGCGGAUUAACUAUCUUCUUGAAUCAUGACAGGAGUUUUUAAAUUCCUUGUUAUUUUACUUGGUGCGCUGGCUACAGCACAGCAACAGGCCUUAAUGGACUACUUAGAGAGAAGACUGCUCGCCAUUGAGGACCGUAUAACCCUAUGGCAUGAGCAGACAAGCCGCUACACUUCAGAACUACGGGAGCUCAAGCAGCAGAUUAUAACACAGCUGGAAGGUAUGGACAAAAACAAAGAGGCACUGAGGAGUGAGCUGGAUGCGGUGGGUACCCGUGUUGAGCGGGUGGAGCGUGAGAUGGACUAUCUUGAGACACAGAAUGGUGCACAACCCUGUGUGGAAGCAGAUGACAAGCUGGUGGAGCAGCAGGUGACUGUGGCAAAAGAGAAGAACAAGUCAAAAUAUGCCAAGCUCACAGACUGCAGUGACAUGGUCUCAAGCAUUAAGGGCAUGAAGAUUCUCAAACGAGUUGGUGACACUAAAGGCAUGUGGACAAAAGACAUGGGUGUCUCCAAUGGGAAGGUCUACCUCUUUAACAGUACAGGGGACGACAAACUCUAUGAAUUCAGUUCUGUGCGGGAGUUCACCUCUUCCUUAGGCAUCGCAGAAGGCAAAACUGUCGAACUUUCCUCCACUUGGCAAGGUAUGGGUCAUGCUAUCUACAACAACCAUUUAUAUUACGUAAAGGUCAAUGAGGAGAUAAGGCUGGUGAGGUUUGACCUACAGAAAGGGUCUGUCAAGAACAGUGCUGUCUUCCCAGUGGAAAACCAGCUUCCAGUCUAUACUCUCAAUUCUGAGACCUACAUUGACUUGGCUGUAGAUGAAGAAGGUUUGUGGGCCAUUUAUGCUACAAAGAAUAAUGAGAAACAUGUCUCAUUAGCCAAGGUGGACCCAAAAACCCUGGUCGUCGAGCAGAUGUGGGACACGCCUUGCCCAAGGGAAAAUGCAGAGGCAGCUUUUGUAGUGUGCGGUACAGUCUAUGUAGUCUACAACUCCAAGCUUCCUAGUCGCUCCCGUAUUCAGUGUGUUUUUGAUGUGAGUGAUAUGGUAACCAACGAUGAUGCUCCUACAGUGUAUUUUCCGAAGCGUUAUGGCACUCAUUCCAGCCUAAAAUACAGUCCCUUGGAUCAGCUCAUCUAUGCUUGGGAUGAUGGCUACCAGAUUCUUUACAAGUUACAAAUGAAGAAAAAACUGGAAGUAUAGGCUGUACUGAAGUGGCGUACAGCCAACAUAAACAAAAUCUGAUUAGCCUGGUAAACACUGGCUUGAUGCAAAUCAUUGGAAAGUUGUUUUUUUUUAUUAGCACUGAACCUUCAUCAUUUACCUAACAUCUACAUAAGGCUUCAAUUUAUGUUUACUCUUGUAAAUAUACUUGUUUUUGAAUCAUAUACUUGAACUUGAUUAGGUAUAUGUUCAUAGACAAAGUUUUAUACUUUAAAACCAGCUACUAUACUAGCUGUCAAAAGCCUGGACUAUAUCCUUACACUAUGUUUAACUAUUAUUUGAGCUGUUUGUAAACAAUUAAAAACAUUACAUUUAUGUAAAAAA